AUUUUAAAAGGGAAGGAUGCAGUGGACAGUUGGUACAGUGAAAUCAAAGAUUACCACUUCAAUAAGCCUGGCUUCAGCUCGGGUACAGGUCACUUCACCCAGGUGGUUUGGAAGGACUGCAGCGAGGUAGGUGUGGGCUGGCCACAGAUGGGCAAACGAUCUUUGUAGUGGGCCAGUACCACCCAGCUGGCAACAUGUGCAACGCAGGCUACUUUGAGAAGAAUGUCCUACCACUGGGUAGCUCCACCUCUACGCCCCCAAAUGUUUCCCCACAGCCGGAAAGGAGGGGGCCUGAGUGUACUCCAGUCUAAAAUUGCCAGAUCCUCUUCACCUGCAUAUAAGGCUCCUCCUCAGGCAAACGGCACUGACCUGGGCCAGUUCCACAGAGACUUCCUACGGGCGUGUAACAACCAGCGAAUGGCACACGGAGCCCCAGCCCUCACACUGGACCCAGCCCUGAGUCAGGGGGCGCAGGCAUGGGCAGAAACUCUACUGGGAGAGCGGGUGCUGAAGAACUCAUCCUCCUCCCAUGGUGAAAAUAUCUGGGCCAAGACGGGGUCAGCGGGCAUCACUGCUACGGGUCAAGAGGUGGUGGACGCCUGGUACAAACAAGAGGAGAACUAUGACUUCUCCAAACCAGGACAUCAGGACAAAACAGGGCAGUUCACACAACUGGUGUGGCGUAGCUCCAAGGAGGUGGGCGUAGGCAUGGCAAACGGUGGCACGGGGAUGCUCGUUGUGGUGGCACACUUUAAACCGGCUGGCAACAUCAGCAACCCUGGUUACCACGCUCAGAAUGUGAUGCCAAAAGGGUCGAAAGUUACCGAUAAGCCAGUGGAGGUCGUCACUUCGAGAAUGCAGGCGUUGGCCGUGAACUCACUGUCAGACAAUGAGCUUGGCCAGUUCGGCCGGGCUCUUCUGAAGUCUCUGAACCAAUACCGGAGCCAGCACGGGGCAUUACCUCUGGUGCUAAGCCCUGCCCUCACUAGGGAGGCCCAGGAUUGGGCGGCUCACUUGGUGAGCAUCAACACACUGAUGAACAGCGGCAAAGGCCACGGGGAGAACAUAUUCUACUGCUCUGGCUCCAGCACAGCGACCCCUACUGGAUCAGAUGUGGCCGAGUCUUGGUACAAGGAGAUUGAGAAGUAUAACUUCUCAUCCCCUGGUUUUCAGAGUGGAGCAGGUAAUUUCACUCAAAUGGUCUGGAAGUCUGCAAAGCAAGUAGGCGUGGGUUUGGCGACCAGUGGGCGGGGCACGUUUAUCGCCGUGGCGUUCUACGACCCAGCCGGCAACAUCACCAACCCAGGCUAUUUCCAUGACAACGUGAAAACCAAAGGAAGCACACUUUAGUCUGAGCCAUACAUAUGUAGUAUGUAUGCCGGCACUACCAAAGGUUUCUAUAGGAAUGGGGUGCUUAUCUGGGCAAACACGUUGUUGCUGUUAUCUUUGGUUGUUGCUAUGAUUUGUCCUCUUUUGGAAGGCUGAGAAUCUUUUUUUGUUAGUUCAUUGUUUUCCAUAGAUGGCGCCAUUCUAACGCGACAUGCAGUUGCCAGGAGCCAUCAGUGUAGACGGCCGUUGCGCCGUCUUAUGCGAGACAAACUUGACCUUAACUUUUUUAACUUCUAUCUAAAAUGAUACCCUUAAAUUGUUAUUUUCUAACUAACAACAGUAAUUUGGGAAAUCUGUAUAAAUGGCUUAAUAGGAAAUAAUUUUAAUGGUUAUGGGUAUUUUUUUAUAACUGCAAAAUAAAAGUGAGAUUUUCACCAGACAGUUACUUUUUCUGUUACCUCGAGUUAUUUGGCUAUGAACUCGUCCUAUAAUCGUAUUUGUGGCCAAAGCAUAAACUGGAGAAAAAAACUACCUCAAAUAGACCGUUUCAUAAAUGCUUGCUAUUUCCUCAUAGAACAUGAUGUCAUGUUGGCUCGCUGAGCUGGCCAAUCAGUGGCCAACUUGCAUGAACAAUUCUAAUGACCGGUAUACUCCCACACCAUUCUGUUGUUGGGGUAUGUCCACACCAUUCAAACACAUAUAAUAAGGAUCUUUACAGAUCGGUGUCCUACCCGCGGGACGGUUGAGCUAAUGUGCGCUAAUGCGAUUAGCUAUAGGUCAUAUUUCGUAGAAGUCUGGAAACACUGGACAGUUACUUAAAACACGAAAUGUAAUGCCUUUAAUCUCGUGCACGUUUUUGUCAUUUACUAUCCAUGAAUAGAGAAAUGCUCGCUUUUUAAAUGUAUUCAUUGAUGUUUAUCAAACAUGUUGACAUACAGACUGAGACUGCACUAUGUUGACAUACAAGGGGCACUAAAUGGUGGAAUUAAA